UCUCCCUGUUGUCCAAUCACAGGCUGAAGCUGAAAAACAGAAGCGUAAGAGAGGCAGCCCAUCCGAGAGCAGUCACGUAUGACACAUUCUUGGAGAACGCACUGGGACACACACUCACACACUCCACGUUGCUGUUGCCGAGCGUUUCAUACUGUGACACGCUGCUUUUCCUCCUCGCUUCGUCUCGCACACAUCUGCCAACAUGUGCCUUCUGACAACUGCUCUGCUCUUCUAUUUACUUGAUUCUGUAUCUUGUCUUCGGUUUCUGGCUUCUUUCAACAUGGGGGGAGUCACAGGACAGGUGCAGUUUGACAACAUCUAUCACACAGCCACUGUCAACGUAUCUGGUGCCGGAUCCUGCGGCUCACUUAACUUUUCCCUCACCGGCUUUCCUGUGAUGUUCGGCCAUUUUGCACAACCGUGCUCAGAAGCGAACAUCGGCGCCAGUGUCUUUACCUUCAGAGCUGCGUCCGUAUCCAAGGUCAAUGUGUCCCACGUGUUCAAACAGAGGUCGGGCCUGGAUGACUUCUCCUUAACUUUGCGGACGUGUAAGGGCACCUUAGUUUGCACGGCUGUACACCAAGGUCAAACAUUCUUGACCCGUCAGGCCAGGUUCUAUGAACCAGUUGCAGGUAAUGUGUACAUCCGCCAUAACCAGGAGCAGACAAAACCCAGACUUCUUGCAGACCUUAUAGCAACCGGACAAGUAAAUACCUCACAAACCAACGUCACUCUCUUUGGACAUGUGAGUCAGGCAACAAGUUGUGACACUCUUCUUGAAAACCUAAAUGAGUCCAGUUUGGCCAUUCUGGGUGUGGUAAAGGUGGGAACCCCUUCACAGCCCAUGAAAUCCUAUCUGGACCUCACCAGUUUCAACAUUAACAAUGGCUUUCUUCUUUUAUCCGUGGGCUCAGGUUUAAGGUGUGCUCAGCUUUAUGAUGUUCCAGAAAAAGGGGUCAGGGCUGUUGUGAACAUGAGAGGAAUCAGAGGACACCUCGGCUUUUAUCAAGCUUCCCCAUUUGAUGUCACAGUGAUGACAGUGAGCCUGUCUAAUCUGCAGGGCAUCGUUGGCCCCUACCACGUCCACAACUUCCCCGUGCCCUCUGUCCGGUCACCAAUACCUAGCAUGUGCUCAAACAAUAAUGUGGGCGGUCACUGGAAUCCCUUUGGUAUCAACGCAAGCAACCCAUCUUAUCCAAAAGUGCCUGGCUCAACACACGACAAGUAUGAGCUCGGUGACCUAAGUGCCAAGCACAUGUCCCUUGCGGGUAAAAAUAAUUCUAACAUGGUGUUUGAAGACUUCAACCUUCCUCUGUUUGGGGCGAACAGCAUCGUAGGCCGCUCUGUUGUAAUUCAUCUAACAAAUGGUUCCAGGUAUGUGUGCGCCAGCAUCAGCUAUCCAGGCGACGUGGUCGUAGCCAGGGCAACAUUUCGCAGCCCAGUGGUUGGUGAGAUCCGGUUCACUCAGCUCCAAAACCAGCCUCUGUCUGACGUUUCCAUCUUCACGGAUCUGUCCUACGGGAAUCCCGGCAUGACACCAACCAGGAACCACAACUGGCAUGUUCACAAGUACCCCAUUAGCUCAGAGCGGGAUGACGAUGAAAAGCGGUGCGGCACGACGGAUGCGCACUGGAACCCCUUCAAAGUCAGCACACAGGACAGCAGCUACGCCCUCCACUGUGGCCCGUCCACUCCCCUUUGCUGUGAGGUGGGAGACCUGUGCAGCAAAACAAACACAAUCAACCUCGGCACCACUGUGGGAGCGGUAGAAACAAAAAACUUCUUCACGGAUGUCACGUCCUGGGUGCCUGGCAUGAUCGGCCGCUCUGUGGUCAUACAUCAGGCAGAUAAAGGAGGACCACGGAUUGCCUGUGCCAACAUUACAUUGGUACGGGUCCCCAAAGCAAGCGUGGGUCGUUGGUUUGGUCACGAGACCCCCGUUGGGCAAGUAUACUUCUCCCAGGCUGUCCCACAAGGCCCAACAACUAUAAGCCUAUUUCUGAAUAACCUUGACUCCUUAGCAGGGGGCUAUCAUGUCCACAUGCUGCCCAUUAAACCUGGCAGCGUAGAGCCCUGCUCUAAUGCAAACAUCAGGGGCCACUUCAACCCUUUUGCAUGGAAGGCAUCGAACUCCCCGGCGCCAAGAGCCGGCACAGUGGACCAGUAUGAGGUUGGAGACAUCAGUGGGAAGUUUGGCAUGCUGAACGGCCUGAAUAAAACGGAUGCUAUAUACUUGGACCCUGACAUGCCACUGACUGGACCCUACAGCAUAUUGGGAAGGUCUUUGGUCGUUCACUACAUCAAUGGAUCAAGAAUGAUGUGUGCUGACAUAUUAGCUGAAAAAGACGAGGAUGCACAAUGGACGGUGGCCAAGGCUGUUUUCAACGGUACAGUAACUGGGACGAUCCUGAUGAGGCAGCUAGUGUUUGCUGACGGGAGCAGCAGUGAUAUGACGCUGGAGGUGACUCUUCAAUCAGCGACUGUGCAAAACACGUCUGCAGUGUCCUUGUUCAUCACAAACAACCGCAUUGGUGCCAACAGCAGCCAUUGCAACAACGUAGGGGACGUCUACAACCCCUUCAACAUGACAUCAAUGAGCUCCAGCUGCACGUUGGACACCCCCCAGAGUUGUGUGGUAGGGGAGGUAUCAGUGAGACACGGCCCAGUGAGUCUGACAGAGCGUCAGCUGUACACUGACAGCAUCGUCCAGCUCUCUGGAGACAACACAGUUGUCCACAGAUCUCUAGUGCUGAGGAAUGGCAACGUCACCAUCGGGUGUGCUGACAUCCUCCCAGAAUCCCCUUCAGCCAAGCUGAGCUUUACCAGGGUGCCGAGCUUUAGCAGAUAUGACUUUCGUAGGAGGGUUUCAGAUGUUCUGCGGCUGAAAAUAGCAAGAAUCACAAUCCUGCCCAACUCUCCUCAAUCUGCAGCAGGAGGACAGUGCCAGGAAGUCAACUUCAUGGUCUCUGGGGAUGUCAACAAAAACCUUCUGAAUUCUGUCAAAACUAGUAAAACGAUGGGCAAGUUCAGAGAGUCCUAUCAAUGCACAAGUGGUGCAGGUCUGCUGCUGGUGUCUAAAGUGUUGCUUUCUGGCCUGAUGUUUGCUGCUGCCUCCCUGCUUCAGUACACAACCUACCUAUAGCUCCAAGGUUCAGACAAGCCCUGCAGCAUCAGUGGGGACAAAAGGAGAUUCAUAUUGUAAAUCUGGAAAUCAGCAACCGUAACCCACCUGAGUUAUUAUAAAACAAAUAUGAACUCUCUUUUGAUUUGCUGUUUUACACAUGUUUGUAAAAAAACCCUGUAAAUACUAAAGCUACUUUUGUCGUGCAAAGAUACCAACACAUGCAUUAUUCAUUUCACUGUAACGGUAAAUGAGAAAGCGGGGUUAGUACUGUAAUCCUCAGCAGUCUGUGUGUAUGUACCAUAAUCAACAUAUAAAUUCAUAAAAUAUG